AGAGAAAGAGGAAGACGGAGGGCAGAGCAUCAUCAAGGCAUAAAAUUUAAAAUACUCACAACACCGAUAAAUAAAACAAUAUUUCUGGUCACAGAGAUCCCUGGCUUAUUUUCUGUUUCAUUUUUGGUUUUUCUGCAGCAAACAGUAUUUUCCACUCUCUAUCUCUCCUCUGUGUAUUCGCAGAGCUGAGCGAGAGAUGAUGGCGUCAGCUUCCUUCUCGUCUCCGUUAUGCACGUGGCUGGUGGCUGCGUGCAUGUCGGUCACGUGCGCCAAGGAGAAUUGGACCGGCACCCACACGUUUCAUUCAUCUCCACUGGGCGAUAGACUCAACCGCUGGGCUCGCAGAAGAAGGGCUUUUCUCUCCAAAUAUAACAGCGGCAGCUCUGCUGUUGCUGCUACCUGCUCUCAGUUUCUCUCCAAAGGUUUGUCCUCUUCCUUUUCUGGAUCCAGCUUGCAAGGAUUGAUGACUUGUUUGGCUUUUGAGCCCUGUAGUCACUACUACAGCUCCGAUGGCCUUUUUGGAUCCAGAAAUCUCAAUCUUAACCGACGAAGACUCAAUCGUCCUCCUCAUUCUGGGGAAGUCAUGGCAGUAGCUGUACAACCUGAAAAGGAAGUUGCAACAAAGAAGAAACCUGUUAUGAAGCAAAGGCGAGUGGUUGUGACAGGUAUGGGUGUCGUGACACCCCUUGGUCAUGAUCCAGAUGUCUUCUACAACAAUCUGCUUGAAGGAGUUAGUGGCAUAAGUCAGAUAGAGGCUUUUGACUGUUCCCAAUUUCCAACGAGGAUUGCUGGAGAGAUCAAGUCUUUCUCAACUGACGGAUGGGUCGCACCAAAACUGUCCAAGAGAAUGGAUAAAUUCAUGCUUUACAUGCUUACUGCUGGCAAAAAAGCCUUGGCUGAUGGUGGCAUCACUGAAGAUAUAAUGGAUGAGUUGGAUAAAGCUAAAUGUGGAGUUUUGAUUGGCUCUGCAAUGGGUGGCAUGAAGGUUUUCAAUGAUGCAAUUGAAGCACUAAGGAUCUCAUACAAGAAGAUGAAUCCUUUCUGUGUACCAUUUGCGACUACAAAUAUGGGUUCUGCAAUGCUUGCAAUGGACCUGGGUUGGAUGGGGCCAAACUAUUCAAUUUCCACUGCUUGUGCUACCAGCAACUUUUGUAUAUUGAAUGCAGCAAACCACAUCAUUAGAGGCGAAGCUAAUAUCAUGCUUUGUGGUGGCUCAGAUGCAACAAUUAUACCUAUUGGCUUGGGGGGUUUCGUGGCAUGCAGAGCACUUUCACAGAGGAAUGAUGAUCCUACGAAAGCUUCACGACCUUGGGAUAUGAAUCGGGAUGGAUUUGUGAUGGGGGAAGGAGCUGGUGUUCUACUAUUAGAAGAACUAGAACAUGCUAAGAAAAGAGGUGCAAAUAUAUAUGCGGAAUUUCUUGGAGGGAGCUUUACCUGUGAUGCCUAUCACAUGACUGAGCCACAUCCUGAUGGAAUUGGCAUCAGUCUCUGUAUAGAAAAGGCAUUAGCCCAGGCUGGAGUGUCUAAAGAGGAUGUAAACUACAUAAAUGCACAUGCUACGUCCACCCCAGCUGGUGACCUUAAAGAGUAUGAAGCUCUCAUGCGUUGUUUUGGCCAAAAUCCUGAAUUGAGAGUGAACUCCACAAAGUCCAUGAUUGGCCAUCUACUGGGAGCAGCUGGUGCUGUGGAAGCUAUUGCAGCAAUACAGGCAAUACGGACGGGAUGGAUUCAUCCGAACACCAACCUGGAAAAACCAGAUGAAGGCGUGGAGACAAAAGUUCUAGUUGGCCCAAAGAAAGAGAGAUUGGAAGUUAAGGUUGCAUUGUCUAACUCAUUUGGGUUUGGAGGCCAUAACUCAUCAAUACUUUUUGCGCCGUACAAGUGAUACAAGGCCACCUCAACUUGGCUGUAUCAAUGCAAAAGAUACUCUGGAGAGGAAUGAAUUAGACGGCUUUGUGGAUUGGUAAAGGAGAAUAUUCAGAGUCAACGAAGUGGGAAAUGCUUUAGCUUUCAGAAUCUUUUCCUCUUCAGUGGGGCUUGAUCAACUAUUGAACCACCGAAUCACAAGUAAUAGUUAGCCUUGUUUAAUUUCACAUGUACAAGUAGAUGCCUGAUCCUGUUUAAUAGCCAAUUGUGAUUAAUUUUGAGCUGGCAAUUGGCUAGGUUACUAAUGUAGUGGUGGUUUGUAAGCAUACUUCCAUUUUGUUUCACAUGUUCUGUACGAAUUUUGUAUUUUUAUCAAGAAAUUUUUUGAUAAACUCGGUCUAUUGUGUUAUCCCUAAAUUAAAUCAAUGGGAUAUUUUAUGAUA